AUGGCAAAGUUCUUCAAGGGUGAAAUAAGGAAGAUCUGUAGCCCGUUUGGUGGCGUCGGCAUCCCGGCCUCGCCCCCAGCAGGAUCUGCGGGUAAAGUGCUUGGCAAAGUGAUUCUGAAGCGCCUCCAAGAGUCACAGUCUGGAUUCCGCAGCUCCAGGUCAACAGUUGACAUUGUCUUCACUCAACGCCAGCUGCAAGUCAUUGAACAGAACAUAUCUUUAUACAUCGUCUUCAUAGACUUCACCAAAGCAUCUGAUACAGUGAACAGGGAAUGUCUUUGGUCACUCCUUCGUCGCUAUGACUGUCCUGAAGGCAUCGUCAGCAUCAUAAUAGCUCAAGUUUCUCUAAAUGGCACACUCUCAGAGCAGUUUCCCGUGAAGGGGUUAAGCAGGGCUGUGUGCUGGCCCCCUCUCUGUUUUACAUCUAAGUGCUGUCCUAGAACUUUGCCCACAGCACGGUGA